AGUUACUCGUUUCAUCCUUACUUCUAUCUAUCCAACAUUUACAACAUUAAUUCAUGAGCAACGUUUUAAUCGCGCGUCGCGAACCAUGGUUCAACAUCGGUCUUGGUUCGCGCGCGUAUAUUUAAUUAAUUUUUUUUUUUAAUUUAAUUUAUUAUCAAUAAUCAUGAUAAUAAUUUUUCAAAUAAAUACAAUUAAAUUUUCUAAAUUUUAUAAUUUUAAUCAAAGUGCAAUUUAUUAUAUACUGUACUUGUUAUAAAUUAUUUAUUUUUUAAUUUAAAAAACAUUAUUGUGAUUUGUUUUUGAAAAGUGUAAAAAGACAUUUUUUUUUUUAUUAUAUAAUAAGGAUAAUACAAAUAAUGAAGACAGAGGUGGAGGAGAUGGCGCCGGAAGGUGUGUGUGAGGGUAGUAGUGCAACAACAGCAACAGGAACAGGAACGACAACUGGAAUCAGCCCGGACAUGUCACCAGGAAUAAUGGAUGGUUGUGGUGGUUGUGGUGAAAGAGUACGUGAACGCGUUGUACUUUGUGUUGGCGGUAGAACAUGGCACUCGAGGUGUCUUCGUUGCUGUGCAUGUGCCAGACCAUUGCACGAUCAGCAUUCGUGUUUUCUCAGGGGUAUGAGACUUUAUUGCCGGCACGACUAUGCUCUGGCAUUUGGUGCAAAAUGUGCAAAAUGUGGUAGAAGUGUAAGUGCUGGUGAUUGGGUUAGAAGAGCAAGAGAAAGAGUAUAUCACUUGGCAUGUUUUGCUUGUGAUGCCUGUUCACGUCAGCUUUCAACUGGUGAACAAUUUGCUUUGCUUGAUGCUCGAUUAUUAUGCAAGACACACUAUCUUGAUGUUGUUGAAGGCAACAACACAUCAUCAGAUGAUGGUGGUGACUCUGAGAGUGGUCAUAAAGGUAGUAAUAAAGCUAAACGUGUUAGAACAACAUUUACUGAAGAACAAUUAUCAGUACUUCAAGCAAAUUUUCAGCUUGAUAGUAAUCCAGAUGGACAAGAUUUAGAAAGAAUAGCACAUGUUACUGGACUAAGUAAAAGAGUUACACAAGUAUGGUUUCAAAAUUCACGUGCAAGACAAAAAAAACAUUUACACACUGGAAAAAUGAAAGGACAACACACACACCAAUCACCAACAAAUUCAACAACAUCACCUGGUGAUUUUGGAAGACAUAUAAAUCUUCAUUUAUCGUACUCAUUUCAGCAUCAUCAACAGCAUCAACAAAAUCAGGGACAUCAAACACAGCUUAGUCCAGCAACAUGUAAGAGUCCAAAACCGUCAAUCUACCAUAAUCACAGUAGAGAUAUUAUUCCAUCCCUUGAAAUAAUACUUCGUUAAAUUUAACUGAUAAAUUUUGAUGAUCUUCAGGGUCUGAACAAUCCAUGGAUGAACUAUCACAGGAUUCAAUGAUGCUCACAAUGGCAAAUGAAGUUUAAGCUUUAAUUCAACAAAAUAAAAAAAAAAUUAAAUAAAUAUUUAUAUAUAAUAUGUUUAA